AUGGACGAUAUUCUUGAAGAAGAUAUCAAUAAACUGGAGAAUAAAAAUAUCAAUAUAUGGAAGAUGAAGGAAGCUAAAUUACCACUAGUUGCAUUAAUAUUGAGCUUCAUAUUUCCACCAAUAGGCUGUAUAGCCUUUUUGAUAUUAUCUAGAGCACCGAAAUCUAGCCCACGUUAUAAAGUUGCAGUUGCAGCUUUGUAUACGGGAUCACUACUAUCAGCAUUGUAUACAUUUCUGAUAGCAAUGUUUCUAUUGGCUUUAGUAGGUCCUAAAUAUAAGCCUUAUGUUAUAUUAGGUCCUGCAUAUUAA